AUGGCGCGAAGGGUUGCUGAAGGUGCUUUGGCCGAGCCUGGAGGAUGGCACGGCAGAGCUCACCUGGCGGCAGCGGCUGGCGCGGGUCAUGGAGCUCCGGGCGAUUUUAGGCGCCUGCGCCGCGCGAAAUGUCGAACUUGGACUAGAAGUUUGGAGCGCUUUCACCAGAUUGAUGUGGCGAGGCGCCAGGGCGCAGGUUGGGGCAUCACCACAGGCGUUCACCACAUGCAGCACCUACCGGGCCUCGUCUUCCGUGCGGCGGACAUCGCAGUGGCGAAAGCGACGCUGCAGCGGGCGCAGCGGCUGUUUGAAGAGGUGCCAAGGCAGCUGGAACUGCAGCAGGACUGGGAACGGACGCCCAUUGCCAAAGAUUUGGUUUUGGUGGGUGGCGGCCAUUCUCACGUGAAUGUCUUGCGAAUGCUCGGCAUGGAACCACUUCCUGGGGUCCGUGUGACCUUAAUCACCAGGGACGUCGAGACACCCUACAGUGGGAUGCUUCCAGGGCACAUUGCUGGCCUUUACACUCGCCGUGAGUGCCAUUUGGAUUUGAACAUCCUGGCGCGCUUCGCCCGUGUUCGCUUGAUCCACGGAACCUGCGUGGGCGUCGAUCUGGAACAGCGGCAAGUGCUGCUGGCCGAGCAGCGUCCACCCAUCCGUUACGACAUUUUGUCCAUCAAUAUCGGCUCGGCACCGCGUGUGCAAGAGGAGGUGCCUCGCUCGGUCACGCCGGUGAAGCCGAUCGAUGGCUUUGGGCGACGCUGGGCACGGCUUUUGGAGCGGCUGCCCAGCUGGACCGGUCCGAAGACGGUGCUGGUGGUGGGCGGCGGCGCUGGCGGCUUCGAGCUUGCCGUGACGAUGCACGAGCGGCUCAAGAAGGAACUCGCGCAGCUUGGCCCCUCAGCUGCCACUGUGACCGUGGGCCUCGUCACGCGGAGUGGACUGCUGCCGCAGCACACAGCCGGCGCUCGGGCACUGGCGAUGAUGGUGUUGAAAGAGAAAGGCAUCGAGCUCUACAGCGGCUACGAGGUGUCCCAUGCGGAGACAGGCGUCUUGCGUUGCCGAGAUGGUCGCAGCUUGAAGUACGAUGAGUGCAUUUGGUGCACCCAGGGCUCGCCACAGAGCUGGGUCAAGUCCUGCGGCUUGCGCACCGACCAGGAUGGUUUCCUUCUUGUGGACCAACAAAUGCGCUGCCACCGCACUGAUGGGCAACCCUUGUGUGGUGACAUCUUCGCCGGCGGCGACAUUGCCAGCGUCGACGGGCAUCCAAGGCCCAAGGCGGGCGUCUUCGCGGUGAUGGCCGGGCUGGUGCUUUGGAUCAAUCUCCGUGCCACUCUCCGUGGAGAAAAGCUGGUCACGUAUUGGCCUCAAAGCUCCUUCUUGGGCCUCUUGAACCUCGGGGAUGGCACCUGUAUCGCCUCUCGUGGGGUCUUGGCGGCCAAGGGCGCUUGGCUGUGGCACUUGAAGGAUUGGAUCGAUCGCCGGUGGAUGUGGAACUACUUCGAAGGCCUUCCCGAGAUGCCUUCCGCCCGCGUGGACGUGCGCGCUGCCAAAGCGCUGGGCGACCAGGCCGAGGUGCUGCUGCGAAAGGCCACCAUGCGCUGUGGUGGGUGCGGGGCCAAGGUGGGCGCCAGCACGUUGACGCAGGCCCAGGUGGUCUUGGGCGCCGGGGACGACGCCGCCGUGGUGGACUUCGCGGCCUCGGCGUCGCGGGUGGUCUCCACGGUGCAGACCAUCGAUUUCUUCCGGACUUUCAUCGAUGACCCGUACCUCAUGGGGCAGGUGAGCGCUUACCAUGCCUUGAGUGACGUGGAGGCCAUGGGUGCCAUCCCCAUCAGCGCCCUCGCCUUAGUCCAGAUCCCCUACGCCUUGGAGGAGAAGCAAGAAGAAGAUUUGGUCCAGCUGAUGGCCGGCGCGUCCACUGCCCUGAAGUCUGUGGGCUGCGCGCUGGUGGGAGGACACACGUGUGAGGCGCGAGAACUGGGUUUGGGCUUUGCGGUCACCGGGCAGCUCGAGGAGAACGCCAUGAAGAAAUCCUCGAUGAAGCCAGGCGACGCGUUGGUCCUGACCAAGCGUUUGGGCACCGGCACGCUCUUUGCGGCGGACAUGCGCGCCAAGGCUCGCGGCGUGUGGGUCGCAGAGGCGCUGCGGCGCAUGGCGAGCUCCAAUGGCCCAGCGGCAAAGAUCCUCCAUGGUCAUGGGGCCAACGCGUGCACCGAUGUCACGGGCUUUGGCUUGAUCGGACACUUGCUGGAGAUGUGCUCCCAGUCCCAGCUCGAGGCUACCGUGGAGCUUUCGAAGGUGCCACUCUACGAGGGCGCUCUGGAGACCAUGGCCAUGGGCAUUGAGAGUUCUCUCCAGGUGGCCAAUGUGCGCUUGCGCCGGGCUGUGAAGAGCACGGAAGAGGUCCGCGCGCGGGCGGCGUAUCCGCUGCUCUUCGACCCCCAGACCUCCGGAGGGCUCUUGGCCUCGCUGCCGAAGGUCGCCGCCGAGAGCUGCGUCCGCGAGCUGCUGGCUGCCGGCCUGGAAGCCACGGUCAUCGGCGAAGUCACGGGCCCCGCGAGCGAGCUGGAGAUGAUCACCGUGGCAUGA